GCGCGGCGAGAAGACUCAGUAAGGCAUAUUCGGAGCCAAGUGGAGGUUAUCUGUAAGCGAAAAAAGUUGAGCGACUGUUAUUUUUACCCCUUGUUGAAUCGAUAUUUGACUUUGUAACAGCAUCGAGAAAUACUAUUAUAUGCACGAUUUCUUUUUCAAGAAUGGAUGAGAAGAGAAACUGGAGAAAAGGAAAGAAGAAUCAUCUUUAUAUUUCUGCAACAAGAAAGAAAAAUAAAGCUACUCAUCUCAAAGCAUACUGGAGUCAAAGGAAAAAAACUAUACCUAAACAAAACAAUGUCAAUGAAGAAUUGGAAAACCAGAGCCUAUCAAGAAUUCACUGCAGCCAUCAAGCACUGAUUGAAAACGAAAUAACUUCCGGAGUGCAUGAAGAAAGCUAUCCGGCAAAGAAAAAAAUUAAACUUGAUAGCUGCAUUUAUCAAGUUCCGGAAGGCAGAGACUCACGAAGUCACCUUGGCAGCCAGGGAGUAAAUAAGGCACAAGAAAUUUCUUCAAGAGAAAAUGACACUUCAGAUGAAGAGAAUAACUACUCUGUAGCCAAUGUCCUGCACAAUGAAGAUGGACAGUGUAUCUCUACAGCCGUGUCUUACACAGAAAUGCAACCGCCUCUGAAACUAUUUGAGAUGGAAGCAGGAUGUUCUUUCUGGUCAACCACCGAAGGAGCCAUUGACAUUCCAUACGAGCUGGUAGACAGGAAUGAGCCAACUGUAGACAGUAGAUGUAUCAACAAUUCAGAGACAAGCAAUCAGGUUAGCUGAAUGACAAUGAUAUUGCUUUUAAUUAUAUUGACCUGUUAAAAAAUUUACAGUUAAGUUAUAAUUUAACUUUACAAAUAGGCUAUACUUAAAUUGAAAAAUUACACUACUCAAACUACAUAAAUAUUUUUUUAUCUGAAAUUUCACUAAAAACAGGGCUAAUAAAUGAAGACAGUAAAAAAUCUUAUCCCCAUUUAGUGACAAUAGACAGUAUAUUUUUUUUUACCUUACUUAAUAGUGAUACACCAUACCCAGUUAAAACACAAACAGCAUUCUUAAGAACACUGACUUAAGCACUAAAAAUGUUUAUAUUGUAGCAAGACUUUUCAAAGUAUGCAUCAUACAUUGGACAAAAAACUAUUAAAAAUACUACAGCUACUAUUUACUGCUUUUACUGCUAUCAAUACUCCUUUUUUAUUCGUAACUUGGGAAACAAUAAUAUAUACAUAUUUUAUGCACAUAGAAAUAUAACAUGAUUUUUAGUUACAUUAAUAGAUAUAAGUUAUUCAAAAAUAAUGUAUUUAUGGAUGAUUUCAGCCGAACAGUUUAUUCAUUACUCCAAGAAAAUAUCAACAUUUGGAUGAAUAUAUUGAACAUGUAAAGGAAGACAACGGUUUGAUACUCCAAAAGCAGCAAACAUCCACAUCCUCACCAAGUAGCUGUUCUCAGGGUGAAAGAGUGUUUUCAAAUGACGAAGAGAAAACUGAAGAAGUGUUGUACGGUGUCAGAUUUGUAGAUAUGUCGUACUUCUUACGAAAACUCACGGAAGCAAGUCAGCAUAAUAAAUCGUUUGGGUGUACUCUUGCAAAUAUGUGUGUAAAAAAAGAAAUUCGAAAAGGAUUUUCAUCUAUUAUAGUAUUUUUUUGUAAUAUGUGCAACAUGACUGUCGGUGUUCCUACGCAUAAUAUGGAAGAUAAUUCAGUUAUGGAUAUGAAUUCAAGGGCUGUUGCUGGAGUUAUGGGCAUUGGGGCAGGGUAUUCUCAAUUACAAGAAUUAUGUGCAGCAGUAGGCGUGCCUUGCAUGGCGCCAGCAACUUAUUCCAAACAUCACGAUGUUAUCUGUAAUGGCUGGGAAAAAGCAGCUUCAGAAAAAAUGGAAGAGGCUGCACGCGAAGAAGCUGAAUUAGCGAGAGCCAAUGAUGAAGUUGAUGAGAAUAACAUUCCCCUCAUUACUGUUGUUGUCGAUGGCAGUUGGUGCAAACGCUCCUACAAAUGUAAAUACGAUGCACUUUCUGGGGUAGCUGCGAUAGUGGGGUAUCGCACUAAGAAAGUUUUGUUCAUGGCAGUUGCAAACAAAUACUGCUAUGUUUGCGCUCGAGCGAAAAAUAACGAAUCUAUCCCUUCACAUGAUUGCUAUAAAAAUCAUGAAGGUAGCUCAAGUAGCAUGGAAGCAAAAAUAAUAGUAGAAGGAUUCAAAAAGAGUGUAACUAUGUACAACAUAAAGUAUGCCAAAAUUAUAGCCGAUGGUGACAGCAGUGUAUACAAGAAAAUUCUGGAAGCUAGGCCAUAUGACAAUCUUACUGUUGAGAAGAUAGAAUGCAGGAAUCAU